UUCAUUGUCAUUUUUAUUUUAUUAUCUGCGGUAAAUGGGUUUCCCCGCCUUGCUGUUGCUGGCGGUGUAUCCGCAACACAUAACUCCGUUACAUCGGGAUCCGAUAACACAUUUGCUGUCUUCGCCAAAUUCAACUGUUUUUGUUGGAACCCCUCUCUCUUCCUCUUCCUCCACAUUUCCCGGUAAGCAAUUACGUUCUGGAAAGAAACUGGUUGUUAUGGCCCGGAGGUUGUUUGGUCUAGAAGAAGCCAUAAGGAUUCAAAGAGAACGUGAGCUUCAGCCUAAAAUAAAGUAUAGGAGAAAACAGCCUUUGAGGCCUGGAAGGGUAUCACCAUGUCUUCCUGUGCCUGAUGAAAUACCAAAGCCUCCUUAUGUGAGCUCAAAUUUGUUACCAAAACUUUCAAGUGAGCAUCAGAUCCACGAUGCAGAAGGCAUAGCUAAGAUGAAGGCUGCUGGUGAACUUGCUGCUCGUGUACUGGAUUAUGCUGGAACAUUAGUUAGGCCAUCAGUGACAACGAAUGAAAUUGACAAAGCAGUGCACCAGAUGAUCAUUGAGGCUGGUGCUUACCCUUCACCUCUUGGCUAUGGAGGAUUUCCCAAAAGUGUGUGUACAUCUGUCAAUGAGUGCAUGUGUCAUGGAAUUCCUGAUUCUCGUCAGCUACAGGAUGGCGACAUCAUAAACAUUGAUGUAACAGUCUAUUUAAAUGGUUACCACGGAGACACAUCAAAAACAUUUUUUUGUGGAAAUGUUAACCCAGCUCAUAGGCAUCUUGUGAAGGUAACUGAAGAAUGCUUAGCAAGAGGCAUAAACGUUUGCAGAGACGGUGCCAGUUUCAAGAAAAUUGGAAAGCGAAUUAGUGAGUUUGCUGAAAAAUAUGGUUUUGGCGUGGUUGAGUGUUUUGUUGGGCAUGGUGUAGGGACUGUAUUUCAUUCAGAACCUAUAAUAUUACAUCAUCGCAACGAAGAGACUGGUUUCAUGGUUGAGGAUCAAACAUUUACCAUUGAGCCAAUUCUUACAUUGGGAAGCACUAAGAGUAUAACUUGGCCUGACAAUUGGACAACCUUGACAGCUGAUGGAAGUCCUGCUGCACAGUUUGAGCAUACAAUCUUAAUUACUAAAACUGGUGCGGAAAUCUUGACAAAGUAUGAAGAUAAUCCUUCUUAAUAUUGUGCUGACCUGAUAUUUACGUUCUCAUUUAAUAUUUCUUACCGUGAGCAGCAGUAAAGGCUGCAAAUUGCCUUUCAUUAGUAUUGCUUCUUGUUUUGCUUAGAAUUUUAUGUGUUGAUAAAAAUGCCCUUGUUAAAUUGGUAGGUGUAAAUGAUAAUAUGGUCAGGUUGAUAGGUGUUAUUUUCUUCGUAUCUUUUUUGCGCGCAGCCAGGUUGGUUUAACCAUUUCUGAGUUGGUGACAGACAGAAUGUAUAUUUACCAAAUUAGCCUGUAUAGCACUUAUACGUAAAGACGUAUAAAAAAGAAUUUGAUUUGAUGC